AUGCCGCGAUCGAGGCGCAAAAGUGCGGUAGGGACAAUACAGUCCACGGCCCAAGAAGUGCUUCAAGAGGACUACGACAAAGCGAAGAUCUUGGUUGCCGAUGCUGCGAAAAGCCGAGCCUACUUAUAUCCCGUCAAGGGAUUCUUCUACUUCGUGACACGACCGUCUAUCUGGAAGCCAUUCGCCGCCCAGAUCGGCCCCUACCUGCUCCUGUCUAUAACCAUCGUCCUCGCCUUGUUCUUCUUUACAUACCUACCUCAAUUAGCCGUCCUCGUCUUCGUUAACGGUCCCCUCGCCGUGUUUACCACCGUCGUCCUCAUCCUCAGCGAGAGCGCCACGCUUACCAAUUUAAUCUCGCGGAAUUGGCUCCUCCACGAUGCUCUGAUAGACACGUUUGACGGCACCUUGGUCUCGAGGAACGCCACGGCGAUUGUCGAGGAAGGACGAGAGUUAAAGCCCGGGUCUACCGCGAUGGAACGACUGGGAAACAUCAUCAAGACUCCCUUGGAACGCUUCAGUGUCAAGUCCAUUGUCCGAUACGUCAUGUACCUCCCGCUGAACUUUAUCCCCGUGAUUGGCACUGUUAUGUUCCUCGUCCUCCAAGGCCGAGCCCGUGGCAAGAUCAUCCACGUCCGAUACUUCCAAUUGAAGAGGUGGCCCGAAUCACGUCAAUCAGACUGGCUUCGGAUUCAUGUUGCGCCAUACACAGCAUUUGGGCUCGUCGCAACUCUUCUCGAAAUGAUCCCUUUCUUGUCGAUCCUCUUCGCGUUCACCAACACGGUGGGAGCUGCUCUAUGGGCCGCCGAUAUCGAGGCCAACCAAUUGUCUAUGGCGCUGGAUGAUAUUUCUGCCGCAAACGGGAAAGGCUCGAAGGGUUCAGCCAAGAAGACUGACUAG